AUGGGCUGGGUCGUGGUGAACAUCGAAAAAGACGAGCCGCAAAUUGGAUGCAUGGAGCACUGCGUACUGGAUCCUCGACUCGCGACUGCUCUCGUCAUCGCAGCUAAGGUGAAGGAGCUGCAAGGCAAGUCAAAAGCCAGCUUGGAGCUUCGACGACUCGCCUUGGGUGCUUACAAGACCAUCAAUGGUGUGGAGCAUGGGUUUGAGAUGCUACAGAAGACGAUCGAUAAGAAGGGGGCGCUGAGGUCCACCAACCUAAAGAAAGGUCUCAGUGAUUGCAUGGCCGGCAGGGGUCAUCAACGACUACGAAUCCGCAAGAGCAAAGAUAUCAAGGAGCUCACGUCGGGGAAAAGAGACAACCUAACACGGAAGCCGGCUUUGCAGACGUUCAACGAGGCGGCUCAGAUCUACAAGGACAUGAUCAAGACCUACGAAACAACUCGAUACGAGAACGAGUUGUCAUUGAUGAAGCCCACUGGAGAAGCCCUGGCAAAGAUCGAAGCCAUGAUCCGGUACAUGAAUUUGCACGUGGAUCUCAACGAGGACAAGCCCAUGCUGCAGUGUCGAGAGAACAGCAUCACGGAUCACAGACUCGUCAUCGCAUUGCUGAUCGCCGCAAAGUUGAAGAAGAAGGAGGAGGGCAAGAGCGCGGCUGUGGAAGAGCUCGAGAGUCUUGCGGCUGGGGCUUAUCGCACGAUCAAUGGCGUGGACAACGGCUUCGAGGGCCUGCGGAAGUCUGUCAACGGCAAAGGCUUCUUGAGGCUAUCCCACCUGGGUCGAUGUGAGGGCGCAGUCAUCCCGUGCGGCAGAUCGAACGUCACUACGGAGGCAUGUACGUGCUGCCCGUAA